GAGUUGUCUGGGUGAUAGCGAGCAGGAAUAGUGAAGAUGGCCUCCCAAGUGUGUCAGAACUACCACAAGGACUGUGAGGAUGCUGUUAACAAGCAGAUCAACCUGGAGCUCUAUUCCUCCUAUGUUUACCUCUCCAUGUCCUCUUACUUUGACCGGGAUGAUGUUGCCCUGCGUCACUUUGCUGAGUUCUUCAAGGAGCAGUCCCAUGAGGAACGGGAACACGCUGAGAAACUGAUGGCAUUCCAGAAUAAACGUGGAGGUCGAGUCCUCCUGCAAGAUGUCAAGAAGCCAGAGCAGGAUGAGUGGGGCAAUGGUCUGGAGGCAAUGCAGAGAGCUCUGCAGAUGGAGAAGGAUGUGAACCAGAGUCUGCUGGAUCUGCACAAACUCUCCUCUGACCACACGGACCCUCAUCUGUGUGACUUCCUGGAGAGGCACUACUUGGAUGAGCAAGUGAAGAUGAUCAAGAAGCUGGGAGAUCACAUCACCAACCUGAAGAGACUGGGAGCCCCUGAGAAUGGCCUGGGAGAGUACCUGUUUGACAGGCUCACCCUGAGCUGAGUGGGAUUCAACAACUCCAUUUGUUGGACAUGGUGACUUCAUUCCAGUGGAUGACUUUGGUUGUGCUCUGCACAAAAUUAAAAUAGUGUUCACAAUGGAACUGUGUAACUAUUUAGUUUCAUUUGGUUCUUGGGGUUUUGAUGUUUAACAUCUGAUCAUUAAAUCCUUUUCACUCAA